AUGUCUUCGGACGACGAAGGAAGAGAAGAAUAUCUCUUCAAGAUAGUAGUCAUCGGCGAUUCAGCCGUCGGUAAAUCGAACCUUCUCUCUCGGUACGCUCGUAACGAGUUUAGCGCUCAUUCAAAGGCGACGAUCGGUGUCGAGUUUCAGACACAGAGUAUGGAGAUUGAAGGUAAAGAGGUUAAAGCUCAGAUUUGGGAUACUGCUGGUCAGGAACGGUUCCGUGCCGUUACCUCUGCUUAUUACCGUGGCGCAGUCGGUGCGCUCGUCGUUUACGACAUUACUCGCCGCACUACCUUCGAGAGCGUCGGUCGUUGGCUCGACGAGCUUAAGAUUCAUUCGGAUACAACGGUGGCUAGAAUGCUGGUGGGAAACAAGUGGGAUCUAGAAAACAUAAGAGCGGUGAGCGUGGAAGAAGGCAAGGCACUAGCAGAAGCGGAAGGACUCUUCUUUGUGGAAACAUCGGCUCUCGAUUCGACAAACGUUAGAACAGCUUUCGAAAAAGUCAUACUUGAUAUCUACAACAACGUGAGCCGAAAGCAACUAAACUCAGAGACUUAUAAAGACAAACUCACCGUGAACCGGGUAAGUCUCGUUAAGGACGAUAACAACACUGCCUCUAAACAAACCUCCGGUUUCUCUUGCUGUUCCACUUGA